UCUAUGAAAGGCGCGUUGUUUACUUACGACUAUGACCACCAGAAAAGGAUAAAUACAAUAGCUUGCAAACAUUCACACCCAGAUCAUAUUUUUACUACAUCAGUCGGCACUAUGGUGGACAUAACAGCGAAAAAAUCGGGUGUAUUUCUCCUAUGUGCCUUUGUAUUUAUAUGGUACAUAGUUCCCCGCCUUGGGGAGGAGUUUCUCUCGAGGUGUUUCGGUAACAUCAUCUCGUUGAUCCUUGCCUAUGUCAUCGCCAUCCAGCUCAACGAGGGCAAGAUCGAGAUCCAGGGGAAGGCCGUGUUAGUAACGGGGUGCGAUACGGGGAUCGGUAACGCCGUGGCCCGGUACCUCGACAAGCUUGGGUUCCGUGUGUUCGCCGGGUGUCUGUUCGAGGAUGGGACAGGGGCACGACGGCUUAAGGAUGAGUGCUCGGGGAGGAUGCAGGUGGUUCAAAUGGACGUGACCAAUGAACAUCAAGUGGCGGAAGUGGCGCGGUUCGUGCAAAGUGCUGUUGCAGUUUCGGGUGAAGUGUUGUGGGGAGUUGUUAACAAUGCUGGAAUUGCUGUGUUUGGUGAAGUUGAGUGGUUGUCUCUGGAUGAUUAUCAAAGGGUCGUCAAUAUCAAUCUAUGGGGUAUGAUACGCGUCACUAAGGCAUUCUUGCCCAUGAUUCGUCAAUGCAAAGGUCGCAUCGUGAAUAUGAGUAGCAUACAGGGCUUGUUCGGUGCCCCUUUUAUUUCCACCUACUCAAUCAGCAAGUACAGUGUGGAGGCAUUCAGUGACUGUCUUCGAUAUGAGAUGGCAAAAUGGGGAGUCAAGACCAUCAUCAUUGAACCGGGCAACUUCUCUUCAUGUUCGGACCUUUUCGAAGAGAAAAACAUCACCAAAAUGUUAGAGACCGUAUGGAGUAAGACGCCAGACCACAUAAAGGAAGACUACGGGCAAGAAUACUUCAACGAUAUGGUGAAGUCUAUGGCAAACACCCGAUUCAUGAGCGCCAACAGUCUGGAGCCGGUCCAGGUUGCUGUGGAGGACGCCCUCAUUGACGAAAACCCACAAAUCCGGUAUUUCCCGUCCAACAUCCAGUCGAAAAUAUUCACCUGGAUUUUCUGUUAUUUGCCGCCUACGCUCACGGACUACUUGUUCAAGGUUGCAGUUUGGAUGUCCACUGUCAAAGUGAAGGGAAUAGAAAAGCAGUCACUAGACAACUGAUGAAUUCGGCAAUUGUCUUUUUUUUACGAUCUAGAAUUGAUUAUUCUAAAAAUCAUUCGGUCCUUUUGAUAUGAAGUUGACUAAAUUGUAAACUCGCCAAAGGCCUUUAUACUUUCUGAGUCAUUGCCAAGAAAUCCAAGUUGCCUCGGACGGAUGGAACUCGAACCAACGACCUUCCACAUUCCCGAGCAGAUGAGUCAACCACAAAUCACUCCGAACCGCACUUUUAGAGCUGCAGUUUCACUGAAAACGCCGUACGGUGCUUUGGUAGUUAACUUAAUCUGCUUGAAUAGUGUUCUUGAUGGACAGAUCUCUCACAUCCUCAUCGGCAAAUGUAAUUACAUGAAACUGUGUUUGGUGAAAAACAUAUCACAUUGAACACUACGCCAUACUUGAGAAAACAAAAUCUUUGUUUAUUUGGAAAUAAUGAUUGUUUUGUCUUCGUUGUUUAAUAGUCACCUGUACGCAGUUUCAGGGUAUUGCAGCCAGUUUUAGAAAUAAUUUAUGUUCGUCCUUCUAUAGAAGAGUUUUAUGUUGCAUUUCUUCUUUAAAGGUAUGGUCAUACUUUGAAAGGUGAGUUUCAUUGCUUUCUUGAUAAUUUUGCAUCAACAGUACGUUGAAAGAAACAAACGAUGACCGGACCUUUAAAAUUUUGCAUUUGUUAUAGUCUUUAGCUUUAUAUGGUUUUAGUGCCGGCUUUUAGGAAAUAGGUUAAUACUCAUGCAGAGAAUUGUUAUUUUUAGUUUAAAGGUAUCUAAGAAUAAUAUUGUGCUUUAAAAGUACCACUGACUAAUACCUCACUGAUCAGGACAUAACAUAAAGUAAAAUAUUUAGUUGUUACUCAAAAAGUGUGUGGCUUGGUUAUAAAAAUGAAUAGACUUGUCCAGGACAGGGUUUUUCUUUUUUUGAAAACACUGCACAUUUCUCACCAUAGUUAUACAAUUUGUCUGUGUAGGCCCUACCUUUAAAAAAUAUUGUUUAAUAAUAAUAGACCUAAACGUAGAUGUUAUUUGAUACAAUCAGUCCCAAUCUAUUGAGGAGGCCUCUCGUGUAAUUUUGUGACAGUCAGUUGUUCUCGUUAUUUGUAUAUUUGGACAACAUAUAAUUAUUAGCGUUUCACCUGAAAUAUGCUAAUUUCAUUUACGCAUUCGUACAGCUACAGUAGGCCUAUUGGUUGAUAAACGCCAUUUACAUAUUUUGUGCACACACGCGCGUUGUGCAAUUUACAUAAUUACACAGGAAGGGUACAUUGGGAUGGUGAAAACAGUUUUUGACGACAAUUCACAUUUUGAUUAUCGAGAUCCGUUUUAAUAAUAUAAUCUAUAGUUCAAACUUGACAAAUUGUUAUCGUCCCCCCCCCCCAUAAAAUCAAAGUUUUUAAAAAGGGCCUAAAUCAA